CACUGAAAACAAAGCUCACCUUCAUUAAGAAAAAAAAAAAGAACAUAUGGAACAAACUACAGCAGACCAGCCCUGUGUCCUGGACGUCUGCAGCCUCGUUGUGUUUGUGUGAAUUGGCGCGCGCUUUAGCGUAUGUGUCCGCGUGCGCGUUGCUGAGCCAGGCGCGAACACCCCCGGUUCCCUCAGCUCGCUGCUCCUCUCUCCGUCUCUCUGAAGAUCUGUCUGUGACUUUUUGCUUCAGCCGCCGAGGGGAUUCUUCGCGUGUCUGGACACUCCGCUGCGGAGCUGCCCCUCUCACUGCCGUAAAUCUGCUCGGCAACUUGUUUGUCUGGCCGCCCAUGGGCGCUGCUGCUCUCACCCACUUCGCUGCUCCACCGGCUGGGGGCUGUCCGGUGCGCCUCUGCGGUCGCUCGCUCGGUGGGUUCGGGACGGUGCCGAGCUCCGCUUUUAUGAAUGACUAAAGAGACGGGGGCUGGGGUGGGGGGAAAUGCGAGUAAGCGCUAAACCCCCGUGCAGCAGCCCGGGCUCCCGGGGGGCCAGCCACCGAUGAGAGAGAGGGAUUAUCGGCGGCUCAUUGCGGAAAAGCGAGCCUGACUGCAGACUGGCGUGGAAACGCACCGUGACCAUAUAGCGUAGAGCAUCGGAACACAGCCGCGGUGUCCACAAUGUGUAGGAAAGGCCUUGGUGAGCUUCAUCUCUGUCAUUUUCAGUGACAUAACAGGUCCAUCCACAUCGUUGCUUUGGGCAGCGAGUGUCCCGGAGGAGUCGGGCCCGGGGAGGAGCUCAUGGGCCAGGGCCAGCUGCAGGGAGGCUUGCUGUGGAGCUACCUGGGUCACGGAGCGCUGGUGGGACCCUGCGACCUGGAGGGCAGCCUGCACAACCCGGCCUUCAUGGAGUACACCUCACGCGUGUUUGGAGACGUCACGGUGGUGGUUCGGGAUUGCCCCAGUUGGGACUUGUUAGACAGCGACUGGGCCAGUGUGCGGAAAGUUCUUGAGCAGGCUGACAUCCUCGUCAUUAAAUACGCCGUCACGGACAAGCUCGCCUUCCAGCAGGUCAGGAAUGGCUACGCCCCGAGGCUCCGCCCUCUCCUGAGGCACUGGGGUGUGCCGGUCAUCCUUGUUGCUGUUGGAGCGCGGCUGAAUGAUGAAGGACCUCCGUGUACGUGUCCGCUGUGUGCGUCUGACUGGAGCAGCUGUGUGCCUCACAGUGAAGGUCUGCAGCUCUCCCGGGACCUGGGCGCCACUUAUUUGGAGCUGCCCUCUCUCAACCACGUCUUCGUCGGCCGCUACUUUGGCAGCGUGCUGGAGUACUUCAUGAUUCAGUGCCUGAAACACAAAGCCAAAGAGAGGCCAGACAAGAGACGAGGGAACAAAGUGAACGAGCUGCGUCCUCCUCACUUAGAGCAACCAGCUCGUCUUCCUCCUAUCCGAGUGGAGGAGUCCAGCUUCUCCCAGGACAUGCAGUGGCUGUUGGAGCGUGGCAUGCAGUUUGCUGACGUGGCCUUCUACUCCGGGGAUUCUGGGAAAGAACUGGGGUGGGCCCACGCGGCCGUGCUGUGCGCCGUCAGUCCGUACUUCCGACAGCUGCUUCUGGGGCCCAAAGCCAGGGAACGUCCACAGUCACGGUGUGUCUGCAGGGAGCGAGACGGAGGCCCCCAUUCGCUGCUCUCCACCUGGGACGGCAGCAUUAUUGACGACUUGCCCCGGUCGGAUGGGCACAUGACGGGACGACUCACUCGGCUGGUGGUGAAGGACCCCCUGCUGUGCAUGUGCCUGUGGGAGACGCUCAUGUUUAUUUACAGAGGAGCGUGGGAGUGGGAGCAUCUCCAGGAGGCCCUGGAGGAGAAGCUGAAGAAUUCGCUAGCCGUGGCUCAACUUAUGGAGCGCAUACGAUCUCUUCUCAGCAGAGACAGGAGCUCCAGGGACACGCCGAGUGCACGGGCAGCUCAACUCGGACCCCAGACCCUCGUCAACCUCUUUAAUUCCCCUCUUUAUUCGGACGUCAUUUUCAUGGUUCAAGGAAGCGUGUUGCCCGCCCAUCGGGCGGUGCUGGUGGCCCGCUGUGACGUGAUGGCGGCCAUGUUCAGUGGAAAGUACGCCGAGGCCCGGAGCAGAGUGGUUCCCAUCCACGGCGUCUCCUCGGACACCUUUCUGUCUUUUCUGGAGUACCUCUACACUGACUCCUGCUGUCCUGCCAGUGUGCUGCAAGCCAUGGCGGUGCUGGUCUGCGCCGAGAUGUACCAGGUGAAACGGCUCCAGCAUCUGUGCGAGGUGUGCGUGUGUGCUUACCUACAGAGCAUGCCCAGUAGAGAGCUGUCGUCGACGGGGAUCAGCGUGGUUCGACUUCUGCGUAGAGCGAAGUGCCACAACGCAGAGCAGCUGUACAUCUGGCUCCUCCACUUCAUCGCCAACAACUACCUGAUCUUUAGUCAUAAACCUGACUUCCUGGAGCUGUCAGAGGAGGAGCGUGAGCAGGUGGAGAGGCUCCGCUGGCCGUCCAGAGGAUACCUGCAGGAGCUCAGCGAGUAUCAGCAGCGGCGGCGCAAACUUCGCAAGUCCCGCUGCUUGGUCAUGUGACCACAUCUGGAGGCUCCCGCCCUG